CACAAACCCAACUCGGUGACUCGCAUUUACUCCACCCGUCACCAUAAAUAACCCCAAAACCAUCAUCAUCCUACAAAUCAACACCCCCCAAGAAAAAAUAGAAAAAGAAACUUAAUUAAUAUUACCAACAAUACAAGAAAAAAAAAACUAUUGGCCGAAAUUAAUAUUUAUGGCCGGCGAACAAGAACUGCUGUCGACGGAGAUCGUGAAGCGGUCGGGCCCGGACGCCGGAUCGAUGACGUUCUCGGUGAGGGUCCGGCGGAGGCUGCCGGACUUUGUCCAGUCGGUGAAGCUCAAGUAUGUGAAGCUGGGUUAUCAUUACCUUAUGAACCACGGGAUAUUCUUGGCCACGAUCCCGGUGUUGGUGCUGGCCGGCCUUAGCAAGGAGGAGCUGUGGCGGAGGAUUUGGGACAGCGCCGCCGGAUAUGACCUUGCCUCCGUUCUCGCCUUUUUGGCCCUUUCGGUUUUCACGCUCUUCAUAUACUUCCUGUCCAGGCCGCGCUCCAUCUAUCUUCUUGAUUUCGCGUGUUACAAACCAAGUAAUGAUUUGAAGGUGACGAAGGACGAAUUCAUUGAGUUGGCUCGAAAAUCUGGCAAAUUCGACGACGCCAGCCUGGAUUUCCAGCGUCGAAUCCUCCAGUCAUCUGGCAUCGGCGACGAAACCUACAUUCCGAAAUCCAUUGGGUCAUCAGAAAAGACGGCCACGAUGAAGGAGGGACGGGCAGAGGCCUCGACCGUAAUCUUCGGAGCUCUGGACGAGCUGUUUGAGAAAACUGGGGUGCGGGCAAAAGACAUCGGCAUUCUCGUGGUGAACUGCAGCCUUUUUAACCCAACGCCUUCACUUUCGGCAAUGGUGAUCAAUCACUAUAAGAUGAGGGGGAAUAUCCUCAGCUUCAACCUCGGGGGAAUGGGAUGCAGCGCUGGGGUGAUUGCUGUAGAUCUUGCUCGGGACAUGCUGGAGGCCAGCCCUAGCAACUACGCGGUGGUCGUGAGUACGGAGAUGGUGGGCUAUAAUUGGUACCCGGGGAAGGAUAGGUCAAUGCUCAUACCAAAUUGUUACUUUAGGAUGGGCUGCUCUGCCGUGCUGUUGUCCAAUCGCCGACGAGACUACUGGCGGGCAAAGAGCAUCUACCAAGAUGAAGACCAGGAUCGACACAAGGGCAUAAAGGUGAGCAAGGACGUAGUCGAGGUCGGUGGUGACGCAAUCAAGACCAACAUCACAACCCUAGGCCCACUCGUUCUCCCCUUAUCCGAACAACUCCUCUUCUUCUCGACCCUCGUCUGGAAGCUAGUCUCGGGCUCGGCCGGGUCCCAGCCCACAAAACCCUACAUCCCUGACUACAAGCUCGCGUUCGAGCACUUCUGCGUGCACGCCGCCAGCAAGACGGCCCUCGACGAGCUCCAGCGCAACCUCAAGCUCAGCGACCAAAACCUCGAGGCCUCACGAGCCACGCUCCACAGGUUCGGCAACACCUCGAGCAGCAGCAUAUGGUACGAGCUGGCUUAUCUUGAGGCCAAGGGUCGAGUCCGGCGUGGGGACCGCGUUUGGCAGCUCGCCUUUGGGUCGGGAUUUAAGUGCAAUAGUAUUGUUUGGAAGUCACUGCGUAGGGUCCCUAGGCCGGAUAGGAACCCAUGGCUCGACUGCGUGGACAGGUAUCCUAAGGAGGAGGGGCUCUAGUGUAUGAUUUUGGAUUGAUUGGUUUGGAUCUAUCUGCAGGAUUUAUAGGGGAUAAGAUUAUAUUAUGAUCAAGUGUGAAGAAAUUUGGUUACUCUGGACUUUGUUGACAAGUAACACUAUAAACAUUUGUUUAUGUUGAGAAUGUAUUUCAAUGAUUUUUUUUUUUUUAAUUAUCUAAAUACAUUUUUCCCCUUCCUCAAAUCGAUCGUUGCAUAUGUUGCCUUCCAUGUUGCGAAUUUGGAGUAAGAUUUUUGGCUCAAGGCUUUAUAGCUAAAUGGUGUUCGCUGUGUUUGCAUUAGGUUUUGAACAGUUUAUAUGUCUCCAGCAACUCUUUCCAUUUCUAAU